ACACACACACACACACUCACACACUCUCUCUCUCACACACACACUCUAUCUAUCUCUCUCUCUCUCUCUUACACACACACACACACACACACACACACACUUAGGAUCUCGCGGUGGACCCAAGCGAUUUCUACUCGAUCCGUCGAUGGAAGCGUGCAGUUUAAGAAAUGAUUUUGAAACCAAACAAACACACAAAUAUAAAGUGGAAGAACUGGCAGUGAAAACAUGCCUAAGGCUGCGGUUCAGGGUUGGACAACACGAGGUCUGUGUCACCCGCCUGGCUGUGUCCUGUAAUCUGGACUAAAUACCUGUCUUUUAACAAACAAAACAACUCUGCUUGUUUUUUGGUUGUUUCUUUGGGCUUUAUUUGGAUUUGAUGUCUGGAGCAUUCUCUCUCUCUCUGAGAUCUGGAACCUGGGAUAAAUAAUUAACACAGUAUUAUAGGAUGUGGUGAGAUUGCCGCAGUGCUUCAUUGAAUCUGUGCAACUGCAUGGAAAAGAUUUUGGAUGGGGCACACACAGUGCAUCUCCAAGUCAGCAGAUUGCCAAGCAUUCGUGGGCCAGAGUGGAAGCUGCAGGCUCGAUGAGCUCCGUGCCGAACCUCCUGGGACUCCUGCGAUCACCUCAGACCUCAUUCCUGAAAAACCUGACACCGUAACACGAGCAAAGGAGCGCAGGCUGGAGCCGAACCGAACGGAUUCCUCUGAGGAAGCCCAGAGAUUACAGAAUGCUAUGACGCACCUUCACAAGUCGGGCUGGUACUGGGGCUCGAUAACGGCAGCCGAGGCUAAGCAGCUUCUGAACGAGGCUCCGGAUGGCUCCUUCCUGGUGAGAGACAGCUCGAACCCGGGUUACCUCCUGACGCUGUCCGUGAAAACCGAGCUCGGCCCCACGCACCUGCGCAUCGAGUACUCUAACGGCCACUUCGGCUUCGACUCCGUGGUGAUGGCUCGUCCUCAUCUCCGCCAGUUUAAGGGAGCUGUGGACUUGGUGCAGUAUUACACUUUGGCUUAUCGCAGGCAGGCGUCUCACCGUGAGCUCGGCAUGGAUCCCGAUUCCCUUCCGGAAAACACGCUGCAGCUGAAACUCACUAAACCGCGGCACAAGGCAGCGCCCGGUUUACAACACCUGUGUCGUGUAGUUAUAAACCAACAUUCUCACAAUCACAGAGAUUUACCUUUGCCCGAAAUGCUCAAAGACUUCCUGCGGGAAUAUCCGUUUGUACUUUAGACUGUAUUUGCUAUUCAGUAUUCCGUUCAAUUUGCUAUUUCCACAUAUAAUCAAUCAAAAGUGGGCGUCUCCCUUCUUACAUCAUUUUUAGUAGGAACAAACACAAGAAAUCAUCCAAAAUAAAUUGUAUGAUCUCACAGGGAUAUUUUCGAACUGUAGCUAAUCUAUCUACAAGCACUACAAACCCCGCCCCCUUUUCCAAACUUCAACCAAUCAGAGUAUGAACCUCGAUCACGAAUCGUGAGCUCUUCCGAAUCCAAUUUCUGUGCUGUUUAUCAAAGACACCAUUUUAAAUCAUUACACAUCUCGCUUUUAAAUUAUUCGUGAUGUUAUUAUGAUAUUGUACUUUGAAAAAAACAAAACAAAACAAAAACAAACAAACACCUGUUUACCUGUAGUAACAUUUUAUCCAUAAAUGAAGAACGGAAGUGUGUGUGUGUGUCGUUUUGGGGGGUUUUAAUGUCCAUGUUGCGCUUAAAAUAUGCGCAUAAUAUGCGUCUAAAAAUGUUGUGCAUGUUAUAGAGUUGAUCUCAUCUGAUUUUUUUUUGUGCCGGAUGAAUUGGAAUAUAGUCCAAACAAUACAAUAAUAGAGAAUUUAUGUUUUUAUUUUCCGCCUAUUUUGAUACAAUUCUGCCAUAUUACAAGCGACACACUCCAUCCAGGUAAUUGUUUUUCUUUUACGAUAUAAUGAUAUAUAUACAGUGAGGGAAAAAAUGAUUUGAUCCCCUGCUGAUUUUGUACGUUUGCCCACUGACAAAGAAAUGAUCAGUCUGUAAUUUUAAUGGUAGGUUUAUCUGAACAGUGAGAGACACAAAAAAAUCCAGAAAAACACAUUUCAGAAAAGUUCUACAUUGAUUUGCAUUUUAUUGAGUGAAAUAAGUAUUUGACCCCUUUGCAAAACAUGACUUAGUACUUGGUGGCAAACCCUUGUUGGCAAUCACAGACGUCAGACAUUUCUUGUAGUUGGCCACCAGGUUUGCACACAUCUCACAUCUCAAGGAAUUUGGGCCCACUCCUCUUUGUAGAUCCUCUCCAAGUCAUUAAGGUUUUGUGGCUGACCCUUCAGCUCCCUCCACAGAUUUUCUAUGGGAUUAAGGUCUGGAGACUGGCUAGGCCACUACAGGACCUUAAUGUGCUUCUUUUUGAACCACCGCCUUGGCCGUGUGUUUUGGGUCAUUGUCAGGCUGGAAUAUCCAUCCACAACCCAUUUUCAAUGCCCUGGCUGAGGGAAGGAGGUUCUCAUCCAAGAUUUAACAGGACAUGGCUCCGUCCAUCGUCCCUUUGAUGCGGUGCAGUUGUCCAUCACCUGGGGAUGGUGUACUUGGGGUCAUAGGCAGCAUUCCUCCUCCUCCAAACACGGCGAGUUGAGUUGAUGCCAAAGAGCUUGAUUUUGGUCUCAUUUGACCACAACACUUUCACCCAGUUCUCCUCUGAAUCAUUCAGAUGUUCACUGGGAAACUUCAGAUGAGCCUGUACAUGUGCUUUCUUUAGCAGGGGGACCUUGCAGGCGCUACUGGAUUUCAGUCUUUCAUGGCGCAGUGUGUUACCAAUUGUUUUCUUGGUGACUGUGGUCCCAGCUGCCUUGAGAUCAUUGACAAAAUCCUCCAGUGUAAUUCUGGACUGAUUCCUCACCGUUCUCAUGAUCAUUGAAACUCCAUGAGGUGAGAUCUUGCAUGGAGCCCCAGACCGAGGAAGAUUGACAGUCCUUUUGUGUUUCUUCCAUUUGGGAAUAAUCACACCAACUGUUGUCACCUUCUCACCAAGCUGCUUGGCGAUGGUCUUGUAGCUUAUUCCAGCCUUGUGUAGGUCUACAAUCUUGUCCCUGACAUCCAUGGACAGCUCUUUGGUCUUGUCCAUGAUGGAGAGUUUGGAAUCUGAUUGAUUGCUUCCUUCUGUGGACAGGUGUCUUUCAUACAGUUAAUGAGCUGAGAUUAAGAGCACUCCCCGAGAGUGCUCCUACUGUAAUCUCAGCUCCUUACCUGUAUAAAAGACACCUGGGAGCCAGAAAUCUUUCUGAUUGAUAGACUUGGGGAUCAAAUACUUAUUUCACUCAUUAAAAUGCAAAUCAAUGUAGAACUUUUCUGAAAUGCGUUUUUCUGGAUUUUUUUGUUGUUAUUCUGCCUCUCACUGUUCAAAUACACCGACCAUUAAAAUUACAGACUGAUCGUUUCUUUGUCCUCCAUGAUAACGUGACAUCAAUAUCACAACAAAACAAAACAAAAUAAUCCAAACACAAACAUCUGAAUAGAGGUGGUGGAUUCUUUUACUUGAGUAUUACAAGUACAAGUUGAAGAAGUAAAGAAUGACUAAUAAAGACGUGUGCGCCUCCAAAUCACUGAUUCUUGCUUUCCUUGAUUGUAAAUGUUUCUGCACUUCUGGAACAAGGAACGUUAGCAAACAAUUUGCGACAAAAUAAAGAUGGAUAAGAUGGAUAACUAAUCGUUAUAAGAUGCUUCUGACAUAACGUGUUUGUUUUAACAUGGGCGGAGUCUUCAAGGAAGAGACCACGCCCACCAGGAUUAUAGGAUAAAGGUAUACGAUUGAUUCUUCUCUUCCUUCUCAUGCGGAUAUUUGAAGGUGUUCCACAUGAGCGAAAAUGAU